AUGGCGCAAAUAAGAAUUACUAGAGUAGAUUAUGAUGAAACAAACAGUAAGACUGAAAAUAAUGCAGAAACUGAGGAGAACACAAAAGAAAACAAGGUGGAAGAUGAAGUUGAUUCAAAACAAUCAGAUCCAAUAUUCAAUCAGAUAACAGAAAAUAUUAAAUAUAAUUUAGAAAAACGUAAUUCCUCAUCAUCUAUCUUAAGUUGUGCAACUGAAGAAGAGAUUCUUCAGAUAUCUGAUCACUAUACUAAUAUACCGUAUGAUAUUCAACCUAGAGCUUCUUAUGACCACGGCCAGAAAAAUACAGACAUUAUCGGAGUGGCAUACAAUGGAAGAAUGAGACAAUUUAUAUUAAUCGAUGGAAGGGGAAUAACUACAUGGAAGAGAGAUGCUGUCAAUCAAAGAGUUUCCAGAGCAUUAUGUUUUGCUAAAUACCAGUAUAGAUUAUUUACUCAUAUUAUAUAUGUGAGAAAAUUUAACUGUUAUUUUGUGCUGACCAAAGAUUUUUCUUUGAAGGUAUUAAAUCGUGAUUUUGAAGAAACAUAUUCUGUGUGUGCUGAUUUAAGAUGUAUAUUAUUCAUGUUAUUUAACCCUGCUAAGGAUGAACUGAUAACUGGUGGGGUAGGGGGAACAAAGUUCUGGACAUUUCACCAAGUGUCUGAAAAUGUUUUUAAUAACCUUAAACCAAUGGCAAACUACAGACUCACUCUAAAAUAUGAAUUACCAGAGGUUGGUGGAAGUUGGGUCAAACGUGUUGAACUAGAUUCAGAAUUAGGUCAUCUGUAUUGUUGUUCUGAUACAGAUUUAAAUGUGUAUAAUUUUGAAGGAAAAGUGCUCUUCAGAUUUAGAAAAGCUCACAAACAAACAAUAACUGGAUGUCGUUAUUCACAAUCAGCUAAAGUUCUGGUUACUUCAUCUAUUGACUGUUUUGUGAAAGUUUGGAGUAUGACUGGAGGAUUAGUUCAUACAUUUCGUGGUCAUGCUAGAGCUGUAACUAAUCUAAUGAUACAUCCAGACAACUCUUCUAUAAUUAUCACCAGCUCAUUAGAUGGUACCAUUAGAAUGUGGUCUUUAGAAACUCUAGAACCGCUUUACAGUCUAGUUGUAUCAUCAGAGGGUAUAUUAUGGAUGGGAUUAACUGAUGAUGAGAAACUGUAUAUGUGUACAUCUAGACAUCUAACUCUGUGGUCAUUGAACUAUUUCUACGAGUAUUGGAGUACAGCUAGAAGUAAAUUAACCAAGAUGUCUCUAGUUGGCUGUCAAAAUAAAACAACAAGAAUUUUGACAGUUGGGGAUGACAAUAGUGUGAGAUUAUUUGCUAGAAAAAGUCAUAAAAAUUUAUCAACAAUACUACCACCACCAGAUUUAUCUCCCCUAGAAGAGAUCUCUAGUUUAUGUUACAGUAGAGAAUUUAACUUGGCAUUCCUGUUGAUCGAUAAAAACGAGAGUAAAACGAAUGAAGUUUGGGUUUAUACAACCAGAACUGAUCCCUCAUGUAGAAUAGCAGUAUGGAAUAUCCGUGAAUUACAGAUACCCUAUAUAAUGAAGAGACAUAAGAUAAUAGAUAGUAAUGUUAAUAAUGGAACAUCUUCUAGUUUUUACAAUACACAAGAAGUUAAUGCUGUAUUUCGAGCUACAGAAAAUGGUUCUGGUAAUGAAACUAUGACUGUGUGCUAUUGUGUAUGUUUAUUAAAUUCUAUGUUAGUUAUGUUAUCUGAUGAAGGUGAAGCCUGUCCUACCAGACAAACAUUUUUACUGCUAGGAAUGGAGGUAGGAAUAUAUACCCUUGAUAUUACUAUUGACACUGAUAUUAAUAUAACUAUUGGUAUUGCUAUUGAUAUUGAUAAUAUUGCUGUUUGUAUGAACAUUACUAUCAGUAUUGAUAUUACUGUUGGUUAUUAUAUUACUUUUGGUUUUGUUAUUGAUACUGCUAUUGACAUUGACAAUAUAUUGUAUGGUACAGCUCUUUGUUACCUUAAAUAUUUUCAGGAUGGAAGAAUAUUUUUUAUGGAUCCUGUAGUGAAAGGCCAAAAAUACAUGGAAUUCAAAGCUUCAAAAGAUCCUAUUGUUCAGAUGUCUCAUGAUGUUGUUCAUAAUACAUUGAUAACUAUGAGUAGAUUAAAGUAUUUAACACAGAUAUUUAUCUGGUCUCUACCUAAUCUGUAUUUACAAUAUGAAGUCUACUGUCCAUUAGACUUGGUAGAUUAUACUAGAAUGAAUGAUUUAUUUGUAACUGGACAUGAAAGUGGUUGUUUAAAUACCUAUAGAUUACAAGCUAUAAUACCACCUGAUAAUGGUUACUAUAAACUUAGAUCUGUACCAGAUUAUGAAGAAGUUGUAGAUAUUUAUAAAAGACCAGAACAUUUAGAAUGUAUUAUUUGUUUAGAUUCUUCCCCUAGUAUGAAACUACUCUGUUCUUGUAGUGUGGAAGGUGCUAUUAAAAUCUGGGAUGAAGAAAGAUAUUUAUUAACUGAAAUAAUGUUAGAUGAUUCUCUAAGUUCAGCUCUAUUUCUAAACAACAAAGCUGAUCUAGUUGUUGGCUUCAAGAACCAUAUAUUUUAUAUAGAUCAUAAACAUAUAUGUCCUCAUUUAAAAUUUGAUGGUGAAGAAGAUGAUUUUGAUCAUGAAUCUAUAAUAUAUGAAGACCCUGCUGUCAAAUUUGAAGGAAUUGGAUCGGAUCCAGAUCCAAUAGACCUGGACCAAUAUCUUAUUCCAUAUGAAAUCGAAUUUUCUAAAGAUUUCCUGGAAGGAAAACCUCUAUGGGAAUCGUCUUCAGAAGAAGAAUUGGAGCUGUCUGAUAUGGAAUCAGAAUAUUCUAUGGCACCAACAGAGAUUUAUUACUCCCCACCAGAAACUCCAGGAAAAUUAGCUAACAUUGACCUUAUUGUGGGUUCAGAAAUUACACAGAAUGAAUUAAAAGCUCAAAUGUUGUCUACAAUGCAGCAGAUUUAUGAUAGAGCUUUAGAAAUACCAUCAGAUCAGGAGACUGAUGACCGUGAAACAAAACUCAUGGAACAACUAAGAUUAGCUAAUAUGUUACGAAUGAGACAGGGUUUUGCUCACAAUCCACGAUAUAAAAAGAAAAAGAAAAAAGAAGAUGAUUUACUAACAAGUGAUGGUGAAGAUGAAGAAGAUAGAAAAUCAAGAUGGCAGUUUAGUUUUCCUAAAUUUGGAAAAUCACCAGGCCCAUCACCAACACUGUCCUUUCUUUCGACAACUCCUGUUCUAGAUAGUGAUGAUGGUUCUGAUGUUUCUUACGAAGAAAUCGUAGGUGAAGAUGGUAUAAUAAGAAAACAAAAGAAACCUAAGAAAUUUAAACCAAUAGAAGCAGCAGAGGUUACAGCUACAAAUGUUAGAAUAAGUAAACCUUCAUCACGAUAUAAAGGAGAUUACGCUGAGGGAGAGAGCAGUGGUAUUGGUGAUGUCCGAUUGGAUGUUAAAACAUUACUGAAGAAAGUUGCUGCAGAGGAGGCAGCUAAGAAAGCUGACCAUUCUCAUGUUCGUGCUGAAAUUGAUGAACAUGUUUCAAAUGUUGUAAGAAAACAAAAAGACAUACAGAAGAAAAGAGUGACAAAAAGGAAAAGACCAAAACAAGGACAAAAAGUCCAAGUUAAAACAGAAAAACCAAAGAUUGAAGAACAACACAUAGAAAAGGAAGAGGUUGAACCACCAGAGGUACCAGAAUCUAUAUUAGAAGAGGAACAUCCUGAUUCGGAACCAGUGACACAAGUAACUUUACCACAUAUGACACGGAAAUCUACCCAUGAACGAAAACUGGUGGAUGGCCAAAUACCAAACCUGCCUCAAGUUAAAGAUGGACCUGAAAAAACUCAAAUUGAGAGAAACUAUGGAACCGUUCCUAAGAAAAAUAUGAUAGAAUUUUUUGAUAUGAAGAAACCAGGAGUAGGAAAAUCUCCAACUUCAGAACUAGAAAGUGAAGCUGCAGGUACAGUACGAGAUGAUACAAUAAGUAAUAAAUUAUUUAUUUCUCUAGAUGCAGGACAAUAUGAUACAAUAAGUAAUAAAUCAUUUAUUUCUCUAGAUACAUUACACGAUAAUACAAUAAGUAAUAAAUUAUUUAUUUCCCUAGAUACAAUACAAGAUGAUACAAUAAGUAAUAAAUGA